AUGAUGAGUUUUACUAAGCCAAGAAGAAAAUCAAACAAUAAGUACAGAAGCAGUGAUUACAAGUUUUUACUCUCCGCCUUUUCAAGUGUAGAUAAGGUGCAAUUAGCCAAAGAUAUACUAUGGUUAGGAGGAAAAUACUAUGAAACCUUGGAAUAUAAAAAUGACUGUACACACAUAGUGUCUGGCAAGCCAAUCCGAGGUGAAAAAUACUUGUGUGGCUGUGCUGCAGGCAAAUGGGUUGUAACAAAGGAUUACAUAACAGCAAGUCGUGAAGCUGGUAAUUGGCUGGAUGUCACGCCAUAUGAAUGGGGAUACACAGUCCCAAGGAAUUGUCCAUGUUCUGUAGAGUUACUGACUGCACCGAAACGAUGGCGUGAAAAAAGAGCAGCGACUGGACAUGGGCCGUUCCAUAAUUGGACAGUUAUGCUAUUUGUACAAAAUGUUAAUAACAGACCUGCUGUUUACAAAAGGUUAUUAGAAGUAGGUGGAGCGACUGUGCUGCCCCCCAGAUUAAGAUUGAAUGAUUUGGACAGACUUGCACAAUGCCUUACACAUGUGUUUGUUGAUUUGUCUUAUGAGAACAGUAUUCAUGCAUUUCAGCGUAGAGGAGUUGCUUGCCUUUCCCCUGAUUACAUUGCAGCUGUUUUAUGUCAGCAUAGCACUCCAGAUCCUGCUGCAUUCUGUGUAACAACGUACGUACCUCCACCAACUCAGGUCAACUGUACGGCAUCACAUACUUCGUCAUCGUCAUCAACAUGCUCUAGUAGCCAGAGGAGUACUAGUAGUAGCAUCAAUACCAGUACUUCCCGUUCUAGUAGUCAGACCACGUCCAGAGGUAGUCAGAUAUCAAGCUCAAUCACAAGCAGCAUAUCUACUCCUACAGGUAAAGAUUUUCUAGAAGUUCCCGCUAAACUACUUAGUGAAGCUGUUCGUAAAGCUAUCAGGGAAGAGAAAGAAAAAGAGGCCUUCACUCCUAAGCAGGUCAAGUACAGCGAUGGCAUGACGAGAGACGUUUUAGAAAUAAAAGAUAAUAUAAAAGAUAUUAUAUUGCGAGUUAAAAAGCGAAAAUCUGAACAGAGUGGGCCUUCAUUUGUACCAUAUUGUUUUGAGAUGUUACCACUGUCCCCAAAGAUUGGCAAGACCUGUCCAGUACCAUUUACAUUACCAAUGGUAAACACCAUAGAUGCACUGAUAGAAGAGGGCAUGUGGUUACCAGCUGUGGGUUGCAUGCAGUCUUAUAUCUCGUCGACGUCAUAUCCUCCGCCUCAGCUACUACACCAAGUCAUGAAAGAAAUGAUUCAGACUGAUAAUAUAGCUAUAUCACAAGGUGUUUAUCACUUGUUGAAGCAGACACUAUGUUUACAUUGCCCAGCAGUGUCGCCAGCACUGCGUUGUAUGUAUCUACAGUCCCUGUCUACUACGGCAUAUAACGAAAGGAUGUUAAAUAUGGUGGUGGUCGGUGGGGAAUGGGACUUCGUCAGUGCUAUCAUAAGAAAUGCCAUUGGAAUGAAGACAGAAAAAGAUGAUACCAAAGAUUUCGAUGAUGCCAGUGACGGUGAAAAUAAGGAUUCAAGCAAGAAUGACAUUAUUUACAACAAAACUAACACCAGGUUGUUAUUGAGAUACCUAGUGGCUUUAUUUGAACAAGAUUUCCUUGGAAUUCUCGUAAGACAAAGGCCACUGAGAGGACCAAUUUCUCCGCUGAAGUGCUCCUCAACUAGGCAGUGUAUACUCUCCUGUUUAUUAUGGCCUAGUGGUUACCCAACUGCCAUCAGUACGGCCGUCAUCACGCUGCUACACUAUCUGGUGAAAGCUGUGAAGCUUGCUACUGAUGACCAAAACAUGACACAGAUAUUGAAUAUGAUUCAGAGAAUGGUUGCCAUUGCAGCUGAGUGUUACCAACAAGUCAACGUAAAACUUGGUUUCAAGAAGAUGUCUAGUAUUGAAAAUGAAAAGGAUUUCGCCAAUGAAGUGAUAUCAGCUUUCACUGAAGGUGGUCUACUAGAUUGCAGUGCCAGCAUCAGUUUGUUGUUAGAGACAAGCCAACCAUCAUGGCUAAGGAUGCGACUAGCAGAGUGUCUGUUGAAUUCCUAUGACAGUAGUUUGGUAAAUGUAGAUAAUAAACCACUACUCAAUAAACAACUGUCACUUAGAAGAAUUGUUUCCUGUUAUUUCUUCUUAUUACCCAAGUUGUGUUGGACAGUAUCUGAUAGCUGUACUCAGGAUAACAGUGAAGACGACGUAGAAAAUCAAAAACCCAAAUUGAAGAAACCAAAGCCAGCUAAAACUGAGCCAUUGAAGACAUUGGCGAAAGCAAACGUUUGUACAAGUAAAGGUUUUCAGUCAAGAUCAUUAUCACAGACAAGAAAAAGAAAAAGUCUCUUGUCCCCUUGCACAGAUGAAAAUGAACCUCUUGCUAAGAAAAAACACCUGCAAGUCAACAAGAGAAAUUAUAAAGGUGAGACACAGCUUCAUGUUGCUUGUAUUAAAAACAACCUAGCUAAAGUGAAAGAGCUGUUAGCAUGUCCUGGUAUUGACAUCAAUGCACCGGACAAUGCCGGAUGGACACCAUUACACGAAGCCUGUAACCACGGCAAUAUUUCUAUUGUAAAGGAAUUGUUGAGAUUUAAACCCGCUCAAACCAUCACGUCAUUCUUCACAAAAGGUACCAAGUCUGGUAAAAACAACAAAGGUGGUCUUGACUUGCUGGCAUCACCAGACUGUGGCACUACAGUUUUACAUGAUGCUAUAUUUAAUGGACAUAUUCAGAUUGCUAGGUUGAUUGUCAAGGCUGGAGGUAAACCAGUACUGAUGGCAAGGAAUAAAGCAGGGUACUCCCCACUUGACUGUGCAUUAUCACAUGAGAUGAAAGAGGUGCUACAACUCAAUAAGCAAUCUGAUAUGGACACCAGUAGCCAAGACAGCACCAGUAUAACCACUGACAGUUCACAAGAUUCAUGUCCAACCGAUAGCGAGUUCCAGUCUGUCGUAGCUGAAGAACUUCCUUCAUGUGAUUAUGCGCAGAUCUUGAAACCGUUUGGUGGUAAAGUGUGGAGCUGUUCUACACAGAAAUGUGAUCUGUAUGCAUUGAUAGUGUACCAUUUAUUGAAGUCUUACCUCCGUGUAUCAGAUUUAAACUUACUGCAUCUCGAGCUUGAACGAUCCAAGUCUGGGGAAUUGUUGAUGCCGUUAUCUAGUCUUCUUGAUCCUGAAAUAUCUAGUCCUCCAUCAGAUACUACUCAAGAGUCAAUCCAAUGCAAUUUACUGCCAUUACUCUCCAGCCAGAUUACUAAUGUGACAGCCAGCCAAAGCAGUACAUCUUCAAGUCAAGAAAGUUGUCUGUCAUCCGCUCAUAAAAGAAAACCUACCAUAAGCGAGCGACCUGUUGUAAUUCUCAGUGAUCUUAAUUCAAAUUCAAUAAAGGCACCGUACUUUAUGGGAUGUGAUGAAAAAGCUAUCGCUGAAGACUUGGUUUAUUUCUCACAGUUAGGAACGUUUGUUCAGAAAUUUAGCGAUCACUUAAAAAUUAUUGGUCCAGGAGAAAAUCUUAGCGGAAAAUGUAAUAGAAUUGUCUCUGACAUGGAAGUACUGGCUUCCAUGACUGGCUCAUUAUAACAAAAGGUGAUGUUCUUAAAUUGGCUCUGGAUAUCAUGAAUAGAAAAAACUGGCUUUUAUUUUAAAGCAAAUCUCUGUA